CCCAUCCCUGAGUGCAGCGCCACAGAUCCUCUGGGUCGAUUUUGGGAGGUUGUCUCUUUCUCAGCCUUCUGCUAUCACUGUCUUGCUCAUCUGCCUGCAAGUGGAGGUCAGGAGGAUAAUGAGCAAAAGUCAUUUUGCUGUCUUUUCCUUCUGAAACGUACUUCUCCAGCUAGCAAGAGUGUGGAGUGUCACUGCAUCGGCUCAGGAUGAGGAGGCACGCAUUGAUACCGCUAUGUGCCCUACUGGGUGUCCUGUUUGCUCUACCAACCCUCGACGCUCAGGCAGCACAAGAUUCCGCAGACCUUGUACUCUUAAUUGAUGGAUCGCAGCACGUUGGAGCAGCAAACUUCCCAUUUGUGCGUGAUUUGGCUUUGACAAUCAUUGAGGGGCUCGAUGUGGGCAAGGAAGCCGUUCGGGUGGCCUUAGCCCUGUACCAUGACAACCCUGAGAUAAAGUUCUAUCUGAAUAGCUAUGACAGCAAAGCAUCAGUCCUGGAGGCUGUAAAGGAACUUGCAUACUCAGGUGGUGAUGAAUCUAACCUGGGCCUUGCUUUGGAGGAAGUAGCCCAGAACCUUUUAAGCCAAUCAGCUGGUGGCAGGGCAGAGGAGGGUGUGCCCCAGAUGUUAGUCGUUAUCAGUGCUGGGCUGGCCACUGACGAUACUGGUGCUGGUGACCGGGCCCUUAAGAGGGCUGGAGUUAUCACAUUUGGGCUGGCCAUCGGUGAUACCGCCACUGCAGACUUGGAAGCGGUUGCUACCCAUAGAACAUUUGUCCUGUCAGCCCCUGAUUUCAGAGCAGUGGCGAGCAUGGGCGACCAGUUUUUGCCGUUCAUUAAUGGUGUGCUCCAACGCAGCAUUAUAGUAGAGCCUGAAAUCACAGAAGCCUUGGCCGUUGGAAAAAGAGACAUCAUUUUCCUUCUUGAUAGUACUAUGGGUGCAGCCGUGAUCAACUCUGUGCGUGAGUUCAUCAAGCGCUUUGUUGACACCAUGCCCAUUGGCCCAAAUGAUGUUCAAGUGGGUUUGGCUCAAUUCAGCAAUUCUGCUCGACUUGAGAUGGACCUCAACUCCUAUGGAUCGAGGGAGGACUUAACAGCUGCUUUGGGUAAAAUCAAACCUAGGCCAGGACAGGCAGUUAACAUUGGGGCAGCCUUGGACUUUGUGAGGACCAACAUGCUACGUCCUGAGAAGGGCAGUCGCCUGCAACAAGGCGUACCCCAGCUUUUGCUCUUAAUGACCAGUAAAAAGUCAAGUGACAGUGUGGAACAACCAGCAAGGGCUUUGCAGCAAAUGGGUGUGCUAACUUUGGCUGCAGGCGCCAAGGCAGCUGAUGAGGAAGAGCUAAAGCAAAUUGCCUUCACUGACAGGCUUGUGUUCACGCUGAAGGACUUCCGAAUGCUGCUUCGUAAUCCAAAGGCAAUCGUUGAUGCUCUCUCCACCCUCGCUGGGGUCGUGGUGACAGAAGUUCCCACUGAGCCAGUUGUUGAGAUAACUACGGUGCAGGAUUCAAUGGUGCGCCGAGACAUUGUCUUCUUAGUGGACGGCUCAAACUACAUUGGCAGCAGUAACUUUCCAUAUGUUCGAGACUUCAUGAUCAAUGUGGUCAAUCAACUUGAUGUGCGCCCUGACAGAGUCCAAAUUGGCCUCCUGCAGUUUGCUGAGCAACCCAAAAUUGAGUUUUAUCUUAACAGCUUCCGCAACAGACAAGAUGUUGUGAACAGGAUCUCUCAACUGAGACUGACUGGAGGCUCAGUUUUGAACACGGGUGCGGCCAUGGAUUAUGCCCUCUCCAACAUGUUCCAGACAUCAACAGGGUCACGCAGGAGGCAAAGAGUCCAGCAGGUGUUGGUCCUUAUCACAGGGGGUCCAACCCAAAACGAAAUAAAAAGUGUAGCUGAUAAACUGGCUUUGGGGGGUGUUUUGACCUUUGUGGUCAGUUCUGGGCAAGCAGAACAGGACUCGCUUAGAAGAGUUGCUUUUGUUCCAGAGUUGGCUUAUCAUGAAUCAAGCUUCUCUUAUUUACCAGCUGUGGCUGAACAAAUCAUGCCAAAGCUGAUAACAGUUGUUGGGGAUACAGAUAUAUCAACAGUCCCUGAACAACCUGUGGUUGCUGGAUCUGAAAGGGAUGUUGCCUUCCUUAUUGAUGGAACUGACUAUGUUCGACAAGAUUUUGCUUAUAUCCGGGAUUUUAUCCUCAAAGUAAUUGAACCACUUGACAUUGGGAAUGACAAAGUGAGAAUUUCAGUUGUUCAGCACAGCGAGAGACCAACACCGAUUUUUUACCUUAAUACUCACCAGACCAAAGACGAGGUUUUGAGAGCAGUCAGCGAAAUGUCCCUGGCUGGAGGACGUAGUCUCAACACAGGUUCAGCUUUGAAAUUCAUGAAGGACACUAUUUUGUCUGAGAGAUAUGGUAGCAGGAGGGCGCAGAGUGUUCCACAGUUUUUGAUAGUUUUGACUGGAAGCCGAUCAAGGGAUAACGUGAAGGAACCUGCCGGUGAACUAAAGACCGAGGGAGUUGUGCCAUUUGGUGUUGGUGUCAAGGAUGCAGACCGCAAGCAAAUUGAGGACAUUUCACACAACCCAUCGUUUGCUUUCACAGUGAAGGAAUUCAGUGAACUCGGAACUGUACCACAAAAACUCAAUACUUACGUGAGCCUUCCGAGGGUACAGCUCGACAACGUUCUACAACAAGGGCAUGAUAUAAAACGAGACAUUGUGUUCCUACUGGAUGGAUCUGAUAACACAAGAGAUGGAUUUUCAGAAAUAAAACUCUUUCUUAAGAGCAUAGUAAAGAGCCUUUAUAUAAGUGAGAAUCAAGACAGGGUGUCUGUGGUUCAAUUUUCUGAUAAGCCUGAUGUCAACUUCUAUCUGAAUUCCCACAAGACUCGGAGUCACGUUACGAAUGCCAUCGACAAUUUAAGGCACAGCGGUGGGAGGCGCCAUAAUAUUGGGGCAGCACUGCAGUUUGUGAGACACAGUGUCUUCACUUCCUCUUCUGGCAGUAGAAGGCUAGAAGGUGUGCCUCAAAUGUUAAUUCUUCUCACUACAAAACCUUCCACUGAUGAUGUGAGAGGCCCAGCCUUUGCUCUUAAAGAGCAUGACAUUGUGUCAAUAGUGGUUGGAUUGGGAGAUGCAGAUUUUUCAGGCUUGGAAACCAUUUCAUUCAAACCUGGUUCCAUCUACAAGGUCACUAAUGUCUCCAUAUUGCCCACCAUCCAAUCAGAACUUGUUGAUAUGCUGAAUGUAAAUAAUGUCACAGAAGAAUCUACAACAGGACAACCUGAUUUAAUAACCGAGUCACAGGGCCCCAAAAAGGACAUCGUCUUUCUGGUUGAUGGAUCUGAUGGUGUUGGACGAGAAUUCCCUAUCAUCCAGGAGUUUAUCCGUAGAGUUGUGGAGAGUCUCAAUGUGGCUGAAAAUAAGAUCCGGAUUGGUGUGGUGCAGUUUGGUGAUUAUGCACAGGCUGACAUGUAUCUGAACACGCAUCCAACCAAAGAAGGAGUUUUGAAUGCUGUCAGAGGAAUCAGGCAGCGAGGAGGAAGACAGCGCAACCUGGGCCAGGCCUUGAAGUUUGUCAGUGAUGAUGUUCUGACUGCUGCACGAGGUAGCAGGAAACAAGAGGGUGUACCCCAGUUUCUGAUUGUUGUUUCCAGUGGGUCUUCCACAGAUGAUGUCAGACGUUCAGCAUCUUCCCUGAAACAAGCAAGAAUUCUUCCGUUUAGCAUUGGAACAACAGAUGUAAAUCCCAAGGAGCUCCAAAUGGUGUCCUACACACCCAACUUUGCCUACACUGUAGAUGAUCUUCCAGGAUUAUAUACGGUACAAGAAAACUUAAUCACCACUCUCACUGAAUUAUCCGAUGACGACAUCACCAGGAUGAUUCCAGUUUUUCCAGACUACGAUGCAAUUGUACCAGCAGUCACUGGUGGAGAAAAGAGGGAUGUUGUGUUUCUCAUUGAUGGUUCAAGUGCGGCACGAAACGACUUUCCUUCCAUCCGUGAAAUGAUACAAAGAGUUGUGGAGAAGCUAGAUGUUGGACUGGAUAACGUCAGAAUUUCAGUUGUACAGUAUAGUGAUGAUGCGACAGUAGAGUUUCUCUUAAAUGAAUAUUCCACCAAGGAGGAAGUACGCCAGGCUGUGACACGACUUCGAAGCAUUGGAGGAAAUCGUCUUAAUACAGGUCGUGCUCUUGAGUGGGUCUCCAGAAAUAUCUACCAAAGGUCAGCAGGAAGUCGCAUCGAAGAUGGAGUGCCACAGUUCCUCAUUUUAGUUACCGGUGGAAAAUCUACGGAUGAUGUGUCUACUCCAGCUGACCAACUAAAGAGAAACAACAUAGCACCCAUUGCCAUUGGCUCAAGAAAUUCAGACCCAGAUCAACUAAGGCAGAUUUCCAUGACGCCUGAGCUGGCUUACACAGUUGACAGUUUCCAGCAGCUUCCCGCGGUGGAGCAGCGGCUCAUUGAUUCAGUCAAAACAAUAUCAACUUCUGAUAUCAUCGGUAGCUAUACACCUCCAAAUGUAGACCUUGGUAAUUUAGACCUUGGAAAGAAGGACAUUAUAUUCCUCAUUGACGGCUCUGACAACACUGGGGCUACGGGUAUUGCUCAUAUCCGUGACUUCAUUGUGAACAUUGUUCAACAACUGGAAAUACAGCCUGACCAAGUGCGUGUGGCCGUUGUCCAAUAUGCAGACAAUGUUAAAACAGAAUUCUCUCUCAAUUCACAUAACAACAAAGCAGCUGUUAUCUCAGCUGUCGGAAGACUUCGUCAAAUGGGUGGUCGCUCUUCGGAUCUGGCUGAUGCCAUUGAAUAUGUGAUACAGAAUGAGCUAAAGCCAUCAGCUGGUUUUCGUCCGGUGGAUGCCUCCCAGCAUCUUGUGGUUCUCACAGGUGGACGUUCUCCCCAAGAUGUGUCUAUCUAUGGACCUUUGCUCAAAGGAUCCAGGGUCAACUGCAUUGGUAUUGGAGCAAGUGGGGCAGACACAAGGCAGUUAGCCCAAAUUUCAACCACGUCAGAAGAUGUCCUUCGAGUUCCUACGUUCCCAGGCCUACCAGCAAUCAAAGACAGGUUCAUUUCAAGAUUGAGUGGAAACCUCCUUGUGAAACCAACCAUAGAUGAGAGUCCCACACAAGAAUUGCCUGCACCCAAGAAGGCUGAUAUCGUGUUUUUGGUGGAUGGUUCUAUGAACUUGGGCAGAGAUAAUUUCAAUGAAGUGAUGGCAUUUGUCAGCAACCUAAUAGAUUUGUUCUUCAAUGAUCGAGACAACCUAAGGAUUGGACUGGCUCAUUAUGGCACAGAUGUGACCGAUGUCUUCUACCUCAACACCCACAAAAACAAGCAGGACAUUGUUAGUGCCAUUGAACAAGCAGAAUACAAAGGGGGCCGAAAAAUCAACACUGGUGCUGCCAUUCAGCACGUUCAGAAUGUCCACUUCUCCAAAGAACGCGGCAGUCGAAAAGAUGAAGGCACACCUCAAAUCCUAAUGGUUUUCACAGGAGGACGGUCAUCUGAUGACGUAAAAUCAGCAGCGCUUGGUUUGAAGAAUAGCGGUGUGAGAGUAUAUGCUGUGGGGGUGGGUGACACUGGGAACGAUUUAGAAAACCUUGCAAGUGAUUCUUCAACGGUAGCUCGGGCCAGAACCUUUCAGGAGCUUUCAGAGCUCACUGAGCAAAUCCUGGGGACACUGGAUGAUGAAAUGGAGGGGAAGCUGUGUGUAGGAGUACAAGAUGUUGCUAAAAUCUGCAACCUUGAGGUGUUGGUGGGCUUUGAUGUUUCUGCACAGAAUAUCUUCAGUGCUCAAACCAACCUCCAGAGCAAGAUGAGCGCUAUUCUGCAGAGGAUCUCCAAAAUGUCAACAAUCAGUUGUUCUUCUGGGCAGAUCCCCUCCAUCCAAAUUGGCAUGCUGGCCAUCGACUCUGCCGGACAGCCUGUCCAGUUGGAUUUCACUGACAAUUCUGACAAGCUAUUUGAUGACUUUAGAGCUCUUAGAACUCGCGGCCCAUUUGUCCUUACCAGCAAGACCAUCUCAGCUUACACUGACAGAUUCAGAACCAGACAAGAUAAUGCUGUCAAGGUUGUUAUUCACCUAACUGAUGGUCUGGAUUCGCCCUAUUCUGAAUUAAAAAGACGAGUUGAAGAGCUCCGACAAUCAGGUGUCAGCAGUUUCAUCCUUGUUGGGCUCGAGCGGGUGCUCAAAUUUGAGGAAGCUGCUUUACUGGAAUUUGGUCGGGGCUUCAGGUACACCAGACCUCUACGACUUAAUGUCCUGGACUUGGACUAUGAGCUCAUGGAGCAACUCGACAAUAUUGCAGAGAGAGAAUGCUGUGGAGUACCAUGCAAGUGUACAGGUGCAAGAGGAGAUCGAGGGUCUGUAGGACUUUCUGGACUUAAGGGUGGUCCAGGAGCUGCCGGAAGCCAGGGCCAUCCGGGAGAUGAGGGUGGACCGGGAGAGAGAGGUCCUCCUGGUGUGAAUGGAACUCAGGGAUUCCAAGGGUGUCCUGGACAGAGAGGUUUCAAGGGUUCCCGGGGAUACUCUGGAGAAAAGGGUGAAGCUGGAGAGAUUGGCCUGGAUGGCAUUAAUGGUGAAGAGGGCAACAGUGGCGUGUCUGGACCCUCAGGAGACAGAGGAAAUCCUGGCAGAAGAGGUCCUAAAGGUAUCAAGGGACAAACAGGAGACAGAGGAGAAACAGGAAUCAGAGGAGACCCUGGUACAAGUGGAAGCGAUAACAAUCGAGCAGGGCCAAAAGGAGACCCUGGUGAUGCUGGACCAGCGGGAGAGCCUGGUGAGGAUGGAAACAGAGGAACAGCUGGAGAAUCAGGAAGAAGGGGAGCUGAUGGCCGAAGAGGUGCACCAGGACAAGCUGGUAAUCGAGGACCGCCAGGCGUUGAUGGUGUAAGGGGAGAAGCUGGUAUUGGAGGGUCCAGAGGUCCAGCAGGACCAAACGGUGCACCAGGACCAAGAGGCGAAGAUGGAAAUCCUGGGCCUAGAGGUCCUGGAGGAAGUCCGGGUGCUGCCGGAGACAAGGGAAGAAGAGGAGCUGUGGGUCGUAAGGGAGAGCCUGGAGAACCAGGAGUCAAGGGUGUUUUCGGACCCCUAGGACCCCGUGGAGAGCCCGGUGAAGAUGGCAGAGAUGGUUUUGGUGUUGCUGGGAACAAUGGAAGAAAGGGCGACGAAGGCUUUCCAGGCUUCCCAGGGCCAAAGGGAGCUGCUGGUAAUGCAGGUUUCAAAGGUGGACCAGGUUCAAGAGGAAACCGUGGACAGAGGGGCGUCUCUGGAAAUCCUGGUACACCAGGACAGAAGGGAGAGGUUGGAUAUGCAGGGCCAUAUGGUCAAAAAGGACCGAAAGGACCAGGUGUUGUGCAAUGUGACCUUGUCAAGAAGAUCAGAGACAACUGUCCUUGCUGUUAUGGUAAGCAGGAAUGUCCUCUUUACCCAACCGAACUGGCUUUUGCUCUGGACGCUUCCAACGACGUCGGCCGUCCCGCCUUCAACAACAUGCGUGACACGGCUUUGAGACUGGUCCGAGACAUCACCAUCGCUGAGAGCAACUGUCCUAGAGGAGCUCGUGUUGCGUUGACUCUGUACAACAGUGAAGUGACCACUGAGGUCCGAUUUGCAGAUGCGCUUAAGAAACGAGCAUUGGUUCAACGCAUAGAAGGAUUGCAGACGCUGCAGACCAACAAAAAGCGUAGCUUAGAGACGGCCAUGAGCUUUGUAGCCCAGAACACUUUUAAACGCGUGCGUAGCGGCUUCCUCAUGAGGAAGGUAGCCAUAUUUUUUGUGGGGGGCUCAGUCAGUAACACACAAGCGGUGACCAAUGCAGCUCUCCGCCUUCACGACGCUGGAAUUGCAACCUUGUUUUUGGUCCGAAGCGAGGACCGAGCACUCAGUCGAGCAUUGCAGGUCAACAACACAGCACUGGCUCAGGUGAUCGUUUUGCCAAAUCCUGGAAGCGCACAAUACAACUCAGUCAUGGACAAAGUCCUCAACUGCCAUGUUUGUCUUGACGUCUGCUCUCCAGAUCAAAUGUGUGAUUACAUACCUCCAGCGACUGGUCGAGACAGGAGGUCUUUUGCCACAGAUGUGGACAUCGACAUGGCGUUUGUCAUAGACAGCUCGGAAACGACAUACCCCACCGUCUUUACGGAGAUCAAACGCUACAUAGCACACAUGGUGGAACAUCUUCAAGUGUCCUCCAAUCCUGCAACCUCCGCUCACCAUGCCAGAGUCACAGUCAUUCAGCAAGCGCCCUAUGAGUUCCUCCAAAAUAAGACCAGCUUACCCAUCCAUGUGGACAUCGGUUUGACGGAGCACCAGUCAGCUCAGGGGAUUGUAAAGUUCCUAAUGGAGAAGACACCCCAGUUAGAGGGGGGCCGCUCGUUGGCAGCAGCGAUGGAGUCGACCUUGGACGAAGUUUUUGAGAAAGCACCGCUCCAACGUCCUCGGAAAGUCCUCAUGUUCUUUGUGACAGGAAGUGUGGAAGAGCAGGAGGAACAUCUGGUCCGUGUUGCCACUGAUGCCAAGUGCAGAGGCUACUUUUUGGUCAUCAUGGCCGUCGGAGAGAAACUGAGUGCUGCGGACGCUCGAGUUUUGUCACGCAUGGCCAGUGAGCCGUCAGACGUUUUCUUUAAGAGACUGGACACCAGCUCACACUUUUAUGACAAACACUUGCUGAACUUUGGACAGCUGCUGCCAAAGUACAUCAGCAUGGAGAAUGCGUUCUACAUGUCUGCUGAAGUGUCCAAAAACUGCAAGUGGUUUCAGAGUGACCAACCCCUGAGAAACCCUUUUUCAUCGUCACAUCCAAAAGAGAGCCAUAAGAAUCAUCAUGAACAUCAUCAAGUGUCUCAUCAAGUCAAGCACACAGAUGAGCUUCACGUGUCCAAUGUGACCUCCAGCAGUCUGAAGUUGCGCUGGAACGACAUAGACGCCAAACACGUGGUGUACUAUGAAGUGGUGAUGAUGCGGUUGCGUGACCACGCAUUGGUGCUGAAGACCAACGUUUCUGCCCCACAGCUUGCUGUCGACCGCUUGGAAAGUGGUCAGACAUAUCACGCCGUGGUCACGGCCUAUGCGGCUGAUGGUCGCAUGAUCUCCACUCACAAAGGCAUCAUCACCACCAAGGCAGUAGAGAGUGGAACCAUCAAGCAGGUGACCAAUCCAAUAAAUACCACACCACUGGACCAACCACAGACAGUGUCAGAGCUUGACCUUAAAGGGCAGCAGGUUGAAAAGAUGCAGACCCACUCGGAGAAAACAGUGGAUGUUUGCCAGCUUCCCAAAGAAGAGGGCACGUGUGCCAAGUUUGUCCUGAAAUGGCACUAUGACGCUCCAAGCAAGAGCUGUGCACGCUUCUGGUACGGAGGCUGUGGUGGAAACCAGAACCGCUUCGACACGCAUGAACAGUGUGUGAGAGCGUGUGGCAAUGCAGCCAUCAAGCAAAGAGUGGUGGCAUCCAUGAGAACAUAAUCAUAAGACGCAUGGCCAGCCUUUAUGAAUCCUCACACUGGUCCAAGUAUACCAGAAGAGGCUGCACUGGAUUCACUUAAAAGAACUUGAGAACAUGUUCAACUCUUUUGCGACCAAAGAAAGCAUGAAUAUGAGCAAUAUUUCCAUGUACUGGUGCUACACAUGCAGGUACUACAUUAUGUGCAUUUGGUUGUACAGUCAAGUCAUCUUUUUUUAAAUGCACAUUUGACACAAUCCACAUAUGAGUUGACAAUGUUAUUAUUAUUGUUUUGUUGUGUGUACUUGUACAAUUGUGUGUACAAGUACAUACAAUUGUAUUAAAUUGUCCUUUUUAGCUUGAAUGCAAACACUCCGAUUCUUCAUCAAACAGCAAGCUAAGCAAUUAGAAUGUAUUUCUUUUUUACUUUAAUUUGAUCCACUGAAACUUUAUUCAACACAAAAUAAAAAAUGUUUACUACUUUUA